AUGGCAGAAAGCAACGGUCCCCAGAUCAUCGCGGUGUUGUGGUCGCUGACCAUCAUCCCGCUGGCGUUCAUGCUGCUGCGGUUCUACUGCAAAGUCCGGUAUUCGAAGCUGUUCGGCUGGGACGACACACUGCUUGUUUUGGCGUGGGUUCUCUCUCUGUGCUACACCAUCUUCUCGCAGCUGUCGGUCGGCUACGGAAUCGGGCAGCACUUCAGCGACAUCGCGGACAAAUCUCAGCUACCCACAGGCGUCAUGUACAUGUACAUUGGCGAGAUCUUCGGCAUGAUCUCCGUGCCGCUGAGCAAAGCGUCCUUCUGCGUCACGCUGCUGCGUCUCACUGUCAUACCGUGGCAGCGGAAGCUGCUUUGGUUCAUCAUCAUCACGAUCCAGCUCACCUUCUACGCCGGCGCCAUCCUGACCAUGGUGCAGUGCGACCCGCCGCAGAAGCUGUGGGACACGGCGCGCGAGGGAACGUGCUGGGACAAUCGGAUUGUGAUCUAUUUCUGCAUCUUCGUUGGUGCUUACUCAUCCCUCAUGGACUUCCUCCUGGCCAUAUGCCCCUGGCUCAUCAUCCACAGACUGCAAAUGCGGCGCCGCGAAAAACUAAGCAUCAUCUUCGCAAUGAGCCUGGGCUGCCUAGCGGGCAUAGCGUGUGCAGUAAAAACAGCCUACCUGCCCUUGAUCGGCACGUGGGCAGAUUUCACCUACAACAUCGGCGACGUGUUGAUCUGGGCCAUCACCGAAUCGGCAAUCACCAUCAUCGCCGCCUCGAUACCCUUCAUCCGGCUGAUGAUGAAAGACCUCUCGAGCCGGGGCGCAAGCGGCGGGGACCCAAGUGCCGGGAACGCAGCGGGAUCGUCGUACGUGCUGGCCGACCAGUCUGGGGCGAGCGGAGGCAGGAGGAGUGUGAUGGGCACCAAGACGGAUUGCAAAGCGCAUGCGAGUGUGUAUGGAAAGGAGGUGGGGAAGCUCAAGGGGGAUGACGAGAGCGACCGUAGUAUACUAAGGGAAGUGAGGGAGGAUGGAAGGAUCACGCAGACGCAUGAGGUUACGGUUGCGUAUAGCGAGAGUGGUGACGAUGCUAGUCACGAUGAGCGGAGGGAGAAAUCGCCUUAG